AUGAAACUUGUUCGGAAGGAACAUAGGGGCUACACCGCUCUUUAUGCUGAGAAACUCGAUCCCACCGCCUCCAAUGAUAUAGGGGAUGCAAAAGAGAGCUAUUAUAUUGGCCCUUUGGCUGGGAAUGCAACUGAAAGCGACUUGAAUCAGUGGCCUUCAAGAGAACAAUUGCCUUCUUGGAGAGCUACGAUGGAAUCCUUCUAUAAGCAAGCAUCGCUAGUUGGAAGACAAGUAAUAUCUUUGAUUGCAUUGGCUUUGAAUCUGGAUGAACAUUACUUUGAGAAAAUUGGUGCCUUGAAUAACCCGACAGCAUUUCUUCGGCUUCUACACUACCCAGGUGACUUGAGAUCUCUUGAUGAAGGAAUAUUAGGUGCUUCUGCACAUUCAGAUUAUGGGAUGAUCACUCUCCUUGUUACCAAUGGCAUUUCCGGACUUCAGGUAUGCAAGGAAAAGUUUGAUCGUCCGCAAGUCUGGGAAGAUAUCGUCCCUAUAGAAAAGGCAUUCAUUGUUAAUGUUGGGGACUUGAUGGAAAGGUGGACCAACUGUUUGUUCCGGUAA